AUGCAAUUAACCCAGGAAGACGACUUUAUCAAGGAGGACUCAACGCCGACCACCGCAGCUCUCCAGUCGGACGGCAGCGCCGGAUCUCCGGCCAAAAUGUGCAGUGAAUGUUACGUGAAUCAAUCGUUUGUGAACGAUGAUGGGACCAUGAACAGCCACAAGCCACACUCCUCUCCAGCACCACUCCAGACCAACAGCAACAACAGUGGGGUUAUUUUGGACAUCUCCACCCUUCAGAUGGAGGAGCAGGAGAGUGAGGUGCCUCCGCUGCCGCUCCGCUUCCGCUUCAGAGACCUGCUGCUCGGGGACCAGAGCUUCCAGAAUGAUGACAGAGUGCAGGUCGAGUUUUAUGUGAAUGAAAACACCUUCAAGGAGCGCCUGAAGCUUUUCUUCAUCAAAAACCAAAGAUCAAGCCUUAGAAUUCGUGUGUUCAACUUCUGCCUGAAGCUUCUGACCUGCCUGCUGUACAUCAUCAGAGUGGUGACAGAUAACCCCGGUCAGAGCACCAUCGCCAGCCCCAGCGCAGGACAGCAAAAUGCUCCCGGCGGCAACAACAAAUGUGUCGACUGCCAGUGGAACGGAUCAGUUCAGGACAGAGAAAUUAACUGGGAGUUGAUCUUUUGGGUAGACAGGAAGGUUCCUGUCUGGGCCAUUCAAGUGAUUGUGGCCAUCAUUAGUUUCCUGGAGACAAUGUUACUGAUGUAUCUAAGCUACAAGGGGAACAUUUGGGAGCAGAUAUUCCAGGUGUCGUAUCUUCUGGAGAUGAUCAACACAGUUCCCUUCAUCAUUACGAUCUUCUGGCCCUCAAUAAGGAACAUCUUCAUUCCAGUGUUUCUCAACUGUUGGCUGGCCAAAUGUGCUUUGGAGAACAUGAUUAAUGAUGUCCACAGGGCGAUCCAGAGGACCAACUCAGCUAUGUUCAACCAGGUCCUCAUUCUCAUCUGCACCCUGCUCUGCCUCGUUUUCACUGGCACAUGUGGAAUCCAGCACCUGGAGCGAGCAGGAAAAAACCUCUCUCUCUUCAAUUCCUUCUACUUCUGCAUCGUCACCUUCUCUACCGUGGGCUUCGGAGACGUCACUCCCCGCAUAUGGCCGUCCCAGCUGCUGGUGGUCAUCAUGAUCUGUGUGGCUCUAGUGGUGCUGCCUCUACAAUUUGAGGAGCUUAUCUACCUGUGGAUGGAGAGACAGAAAUCUGGAGGAAAUUACAGCCGCCACCGAGCACAGACAGAGAAACAUGUGGUGCUGUGUGUCAGUGCACUCAAAAUAGACCUGCUCAUGGAUUUUCUCAAUGAAUUCUACGCUCAUCCCAGACUGCAGGAUUACUAUGUGGUGAUCCUGUGCCCAAGUGAAAUGGACCUCCAGGUGCGGAGAGUGCUGCAGAUCCCACUUUGGUCUCAAAGGGUCAUCUAUCUGCAAGGAUCUGUUCUCAAAGACCAGGACCUGCUUAGAGCCAAAAUGGAUGAUGCUGAGGCUUGUUUCAUUCUAAGCAGUCGUAACGAGGUGGAUCGCAUGGCUGCGGACCAUCAGACCAUCCUAAGAGCCUGGGCUGUGAAGGACUUUGCUCCAAAUUGCCCCCUUUAUGUUCAGAUACUCAAACCUGAAAAUAAGUUCCAUGUAAAAUUUGCAGAUCACGUUGUGUGUGAAGAAGAGUUCAAAUAUGCCAUGUUGGCUCUCAACUGUGUGUGUCCUGCCACCUCCACCUUGGUCACGCUCCUUGUGCACACCUCCCGUGGACGAGAAGGACAACAGUCUCCAGAGCAGUGGCAAAGGAUGUAUGGAUGUUGCUCUGGCAACGAGGUCUACCACAUCCGACUGUGUGACAGCAAGUUCUUUGGAGAGUAUAAUGGCAAAAGCUUCACAUAUGCCUCCUUCCAUGCUCACAAGAAAUACGGUGUAUGCUUGAUCGGUAUAAAAAGGGAGGACAACAAGAGCAUUCUGCUGAACCCUGGUCCACGCCACAUCAUGGCUGCCACCGAUACCUGCUACUACAUCAACAUCACAAAGGAGGAGAACUCAGCCUUCAUCUUCAACCAGGAGGAGAAGAAGGGGCGCCCUGUAGGGGGAAUCUACGAUGGACCCUCACAGCUGCCUGUGCACAGCAUCAUCGCCAGCAUGGGUACUGUUGCCAUGGAUCUUCAGAAUACGAGUCCACCUGAUGUCUCAGCUGAUAAACUGGUCCCACCUACAAUAAACGGGACAGGGAACCGCCGGCCGAGCAUCGCUCCAGUUCAGGAGAUUGCAGAUUCCUCCUCAAUCCUACCAUGUGACCUCCUUGGUGAUCAAUCAGAGGAUGACUCCGUCUUCAUAGAUGACAAAGGCCACUCGUCUACUGAGUAUGUGAAAGGUUAUCCCCCUAACUCUCCGUACAUCGGGAGCUCGCCCACCUUGUGCCAUCUGUUGGCUGAGAAAGCCCCGUUCUGCUGCCUACGACUGGACCAGGGUUGCAGGCACAACAGCUAUGAGGAUGCGAAGGCUUACGGUUUUAAAAACAAGCUCAUCAUUGUAUCGGCUGAGACGGCAGGGAAUGGUCUCUACAACUUUAUUGUGCCCCUCAGAGCUUAUUACAGACCCAGGAAAGAGCUCAACCCCAUUGUCUUGCUGCUGGAUAAUCCGCCAGAUAAUCACUUUCUGGAGGCUAUCUGCUGUUUUCCGAUGGUCUACUACAUGGCUGGUACCAUAGACAAUCUGGACAGCCUGCUGCAGUGUGGCAUUAUAUACGCCGAUAAUUUGGUUGUUGUGGAUAAAGAGAGUACAAUGAGUGCCGAGGAGGACUACAUGGCUGAUGCCAAAACUAUUGUCAACGUACAGACAAUGUUCAGGUUGUUUCCCAGUCUUAGCAUCAUCACUGAGCUUACUCAUCCAUCCAACAUGAGGUUCAUGCAGUUCAGGGCGAAGGACUGUUAUUCACUGGCUCUCUCCAAGCUGGAGAAGAAGGAGCGUGAUAAAGGCUCCAACUUGGCCUUCAUGUUUCGCCUACCUUUCGCUGCAGGCAGGGUGUUCAGUAUCAGCAUGCUGGAUACUCUGCUUUAUCAGUCUUUUGUGAAGGACUACAUGAUCCUUAUUGCAAGGCUGCUACUGGGACUGGACACCACACCAGGAUCAGGAUACCUCUGUGCUAUGAAAGUAACCGAGGAAGAUCUAUGGAUUAGUACUUACGGAAGACUUUUCCAGAAGCUCUGCUCCUCCAGUGCUGAAAUUCCUAUUGGGAUCUAUCGGACAGAGUCCCACAUUUUCUCUACUUCUGAGUCUCAGGUGUCAGUCAGCGUUGACGAGUGCGAGGACACGAAGGACAGGGGCGACGAAUCUCAGAGCAACGACCAGUCAGAUCACCCCCUGCUGAGGAAGAAGAGCAUGCAGUGGGCACGGCGUUUGAGUAAGAAAAGCGUGAGGUGGCAGGGGGCGAAUCGGGACUCAGGCAAGGACCACGGCCAGCGCAUCGCUCAGCAGCGCCUCAACCUCUACCGACGCUCUGAAAGGGAAGAGCUGUCAGAGCUGGUCCGCAACCGUAUGAGACACCUGGGCCUCCCCACCUCAGGAUAUGAAGACUUAACCAAUCUGACAGCCAGUGAUGUCAUGAACAGAGUCAAUCUGGGAUAUCUACAAGAUGAGCAGAAUGAUCACCAAAACACCCUGUCCUAUGUCCUGAUUAACCCUUCUCCUGACACCAGGCUGGAGCUCAAUGACAUUGUGUACUUGAUUCGUUCUGACCCUCUGGCUCACGUGCCCGAGGAGCCUCCUAUCCACAGCAGCAGUCUGAAAGAGAGACAUGAGUCUAGCACAGACACCAGGGAGGACACCCAGCUCUGA